ACGCGCCCAGACCUCCGCCUGGCUCGGCUUCCCGACGGCUGAUGGAGAAUCCCGGGCCCGCGAUUAGCCGCUGCGGCCGGGGCGGGGGCGCGGCGCCGCCGGCGGAGCCAAUGGGGAGGCGCGGCCGCCCCGCUCCGCCCGCCCCGUCGGCGAGGCGGGCGCUGGCGGCGGGGGCUGCCGGGGCGCCGGGGGCGGCGGGGCGGCGCGGCGGGCACCGGGCGCGGGCACAGCUGCGGGCACCAGCCACGCCGGUGUCGCCGCCGCUGCCGCCGCCACCGCCGGGCGGAUCCCGCGCUUCUGCCGGAGCUUCUUUCGGUCGCUUCACUUUGGCGGCCCGGAGCAGGGACAUUAUGCCGAAGAGAAAGUCUCCAGAGGGUGCUGAAGGCAAGGAUGCAGCAAAAGUAACUAAACAAGAGCCCACAAGACGAUCAGCAAGACUGUCAGCUAAACCUGCUCCACCAAAACCUGAACCCAAACCAAGGAAAACAACAAAGAAGGAACCUGGAACAAAGGCCAGCAAAGGUGCUAAAGGGAAGAAGGAUGAAAAGCAAGAAGCUGCAAAGGAAGGUACUACACCAUCUGAAAAUGGUGAAAAUAAAGCUGAAGAGGCUCAGAAAACUGAAUCUGUAGGUGACAAGAAUGAAUGAAAUACCAUGAAAAUUUUGGGUUGAUUUUAUGUACCUCUUGGACAACUUUUAAAAAAUAUUUUUAUCAAGUAUUUUGUAAAUGCUAAUUUUUUUAGGACUAUGAUAGUUGACAUAUUAAACUGUAUAUGAACAUUUCCCUUCUCAUAACAGUGCUUUUAGAAAUUCCCAUUGUUGCCAAGUAAUAUAAAUAUCAACUUAAUAUUGCAAGGUAUGUGUAAAAUUGGGUCAGCAUUCCAUACACUUGCUUUAAGAAGUUACGUCUUGUGCAUAUGGUGAUGUUUUUACUGUGUGUAUUUGGAUUUUUCAUGCAGUUUUUCUAGAGCAAUAAUCAGUGGUGCUUUUGUACUUAGGUUUUACGUGAUUUUAAUGAAACAUGGAUAGAUGUGGCCACCUGCUGACUAUUUUGGGUUCUUUUAAUGGAUUAAAAUAAAAGGUCUCCUUGCCUGCAAAACUAAA